GGACGGCGUGCCCGGGGGGGGGCAUCGUGGAUGGAGCUGCGCGACCUCUUCGAGGCGGCCGUGCCGGGCGUGGUGGUGAAGGUGGCUCUCAUGAAGCAGUUCGCCUUCAUCCACCUGCGCGACGAGGAGGCGGCCGAGCGCACCAUCCAGAAGCUCAAUGGGCACCUCCUGCACUGCCACCACGUGGUCGUGGAGUUCUCCCGCCCGAGGCCCACCCACACCGUCAAGACCUUCGUGGGCAACGUCUCGGCCGCCUGCACCAGCGGCGAGCUGCGCGUCCUCUUCCAGGAGUUUGGGCCCAUCAUCGAGUGCCACAUCGUGAAAGGAGUGGGAGAGGCAAGCUUGUGGCCUAGAAAUCUACUCUGUAUAUGCUCAGAGGUGUUGUUACAUACUCCAUUCCCGGCUGCGAUCCAAGCAAUUGAAACCAACUCAGCUUUAAGGAGCCCCAGUUUGACUAGCUGUUCCGCCAUGGCUGGGUUGACUUUACACAAUUCAUAA